ACAUGUUAUUUCCUCUGAAUUGGAUGACUUUUUAUCUCAUCCAAACCGAACCGCGACUAAUUGUGGUGAACUAUUUUUAGUUUGGAAGUGUUUUUGUUGUUUUAACAAAGGAUGAUCCAAAUCGAGGACCCAUAACAAUAUGACUGAAAAUGAUUUCCCACAAGAACCGUUACACUCUCGCCACCGUCUUUCUUCUCGCAUUCUUCUUUCUCUCCAUUUUCUUAUACUCUUUCUUCUUCACCACUACCAUUCUUCAACCUCCUCUCUCUCAUCGCUCAGAUCUCUAUAUCCAAGUCAAACCUGCUCCUCUUCUAUCUCCUCCUCCUCCUUCACCACCGCCACCGCCACCGACACCGACACCGACACCGACACAAGAAUCAUCCUCCUCCUCCUCCACCACCAUUACCGUCAUUCAACCGAAAUCUCCCGGUGUUAAUACCACCAGUGUUUCUGAUCAGGAAUUUGUUCCUGCUGUUAUUCAUACGGAGGAGAAGAAGAUCGAUAAUGCAGCAGCUCUAGCUUUGAAGGAUUGUGAUUUGUACACGGGAACUUGGGUUGAGGAUGAAGAUUAUCCGAUUUAUCAACCAGGUUCUUGUCCUUACGUUGAUGAGGCUUAUGAUUGCAAAAUCAAUGGAAGGAAUGAUACUCAUUAUACCAAAUGGAGAUGGAAACCUCAUGGAUGUGAUCUUCCCAGGUUUAGUGCCAAGGACUUUUUGGCAAGACUGAAAGGUAAAAAACUAAUGUUGGUAGGAGAUUCUAUGAACCGAAACCAAUUUGAGUCCAUUCUGUGCAUACUUCGCGAAGGCCUGCACAAUAAGAGCAAAAUGUAUGAGAUACAUGGUCACAAAAUAUCAAAAGGAAGAGGCUACUUUGUUUUCAAAUUUGAGGACUAUGAUUGUACAGUGGCAUUUGUGAGAUCUCAUUUCCUUGUGAGGGAGGGAAUUCGUAUGAAUGGACAAGGGAGUUCAAAUCCUACAUUAUCAAUAGAUCGAAUUGACAAGACAUCUUCCCGUUGGAAGAAAGCCGACAUUCUCGUCUUCAAUACCGGGCACUGGUGGGCUCAUGGAAAAACUGCUCGAGGAAUAAAUUACUAUAAAGAAGGUAAUUAUCUAUACCCAAAAUUUGAUGGAGUUGAGGCAUACAGAAGGGCUAUAAAGACCUGGGGAAAAUGGAUCGACAAUAAUAUCAAUCCAAAAAAGCAGAUUGUCUACUAUCGUGGAUAUUCUUCGGCUCAUUUCAGAGGUGGAGACUGGGACUCAGGUGGGUCAUGCAACGGUGAAACUGAACCGGUUCUUAAUGGAUCCAUCUUGAAUAACUAUCCUUUGAAAAUGAAAAUAGUCGAAGAAGUGAUCCAGGGAAUGAAGUUUCCAGUAAAGUUACUAAAUGUCACAAGGCUGACUAACUUCCGAAAGGACGGCCACCCAUCUGUCUAUGGCAAGAACAUAGUGGGUGGAAAAAAAGUCUCCAUGAAGCGACAAGACUGCAGCCAUUGGUGCCUUCCUGGAGUUCCUGAUGCAUGGAAUGAGCUGAUUUAUGCCACUUUGGUUUUGCAACAGACAAAUUCAAGGAAUUGACUUAUAUAGCUCCUUUAUUUGAAGGAGUUUACUUUUUGUGCUGCAAAGAAAGAAGUAAAAACGAGAAACGCGAUUGAGAGCAAUGGAAAGUGUACCCUUAGUUGUAUAUCAUGACAAUUACCAUGAAAGAAUCAACACAAUAGUUAACAAGGCUUUUUCAUUGAUGGUUAAAUUUCCACCCCAUGAAGACAGCGUUUCAUUUCACUUGUAAGGGUCAUGAUCUCAUCGGUUGUUUGACGCGGAACUCCAUCGGAUAAGCUUAUUCGUCAAAAUUCUCUUAUACUUAAAAGAAUAGAUAAAUUAAUCAGGCUUUGGGGUGUAAGAUUGGACCUGAUUAGUUUUGAUGUAGAUUUUUUUAUGUAUAAUGUUCUGUGAAAUUUUAUACAUUGUAUGUAAUCUUAACCUUUCUCCAUCGGUGUCAUUCUCUCACAUUCACUUGAUCUCUUUUGUCUAUCUACUCCAUUGCAGGGUUAGGUAUGCCUCUAUCUGCAUCUCUAUUUUACUGUUCCUGCUUGUUGUCA